AUGAAGAACGUUGAGCGUCUAGCCAAUGUUGCUUUGGCAGGUUUAACAUUAGCACCACUAGUCGUGAAAGUAGAUCCGAAUUUAAAUGUCAUCUUGACUGCAUCGCUUGCAGUUUUUGUUGGUUGCUACAGAUCUGUAAAGCCAACACCACCUACUGAAACAAUGUCUAAUGAGCAUGCAAUGCGCUUCCCUUUCGUCGGCAGUGCAAUGCUGCUAUCUCUAUUCUUGCUCUUCAAGUUCCUUUCCAAGGACCUGGUUAAUGCAGUCUUGACUUGCUACUUCUUUGUGCUUGGAAUCAUUGCACUUUCGGCAACACUGUUACCAGCUAUCAAACCUUAUUUGCCUAAGGAAUGGAACGACAAAGUGAUCUCAUGGCAUGCUCCGUAUUUUCGCUCUCUGGAGAUUGAGUUCACUAGGUCUCAGAUAGUGGCUGCAAUUCCUGGAACGUUCUUCUGUGCAUGGUAUGCAUCAAAGAAGCACUGGCUGGCAAACAACAUUUUGGGCUUGGCUUUCUGUAUUCAGGGAAUUGAAAUGCUUUCCCUUGGUUCUUUUAAGACUGGUGCCAUCCUCCUGGCUGGACUUUUUGUGUAUGAUAUUUUCUGGGUGUUCUUCACUCCAGUUAUGGUUAGUGUGGCAAAAUCUUUUGAUGCUCCCAUAAAGCUCUUAUUUCCAACAGCUGAUGCUACCAGGCCUUAUUCCAUGCUUGGACUUGGUGACAUUGUAAUUCCUGGAAUCUUUGUAGCUCUUGCCUUGAGGUUUGAUGUCUCAAGGGGCAAAAAGAACCAGUACUUUAAGAGUGCAUUCCUCGGUUAUGUUGUAGGAUUGGUUCUUACCAUCAUUGUCAUGAACUGGUUCAAAGCUGCUCAGCCGGCGCUUCUGUAUAUUGUACCCUCUGUAAUAGGAUUCUUAGGCGCUCACGUCUUGUUUAAUGGCGAUAUCAAGCCGUUGCUGGAGUUCGACGAGUCGAAGAUGGGCGCUGAAGAACAAAGCAAAACUGACUCCGAUAGCAAGAAGGUAGAGUGA